UGAUAGGAGCCUCACCAGUUGACGUCGCAGUACAUUUGAUUUGUAGCAACCAGCUAGCAAGUGAACCUGUAGUCUGACAACUGCGAACUUCAAGUUUAGCCACACAUUUAUUUUUAAACAAGACAUACAAAUAUUCACAAUGAACGUAAUAGAUCAUGUACGAGAUAUGGCCUGCGCGGGACUUCAUUCGAACGUUCGGAUUAUGAGUAGUUUAUUGCUGACAAUGAGCAAUAACAAUCCGGAACUGUUCUCACCAUCUCAGAAGUACCAGCUGUUAGUCUACCAUGCAGAUGCCAUCUUUCACGACAAGGAAUACCGUAAUGCUGCCUGCAAAUACAAUAUGGCAUUGCAGCAGAAAAAGGUCCUCAGCAAAACCUCCAAAGUUCGACCAUCAACCGGGGGCACAGCAUCCACCUUGCAGACACAGAGUUUGCCCUCAGAGAUCGAAGUGAAGUAUAAGAUUGCAGAGUGUUACACCAUCUUGAAGCUUGACAAAGAUGCUAUUGCAGUGCUUGAUGGGAUUCCAUCUAGACAGAGAACUCCAAAAAUCAACAUGAUGCUGGCCAACCUGUACAGGAAAGCUGGUCAGGAACGAUCUGCAGUCACAAGCUACAAAGAGGUCCUUAGACAGUGUCCACUGGCUCUGGAUGCGAUCAUUGGUCUCCUCUCCCUAUCAGUGAAAGGAGCUGAGGUGGCGUCCAUGACGAUGGACGUCAUCCAGAGCAUUCCCAACCUGGACUGGCUCUCUGUUUGGAUCAAAGCCUACGCCUUCAUACACGCAGGGGAUAACCACAGAGCCAUCAACACCAUCUGCUCUCUAGAGAAGAAGUCUCUGCUACGGGACAACGUAGACCUGCUGGUCAGCCUGGCGGACGUCUACUUCAGGGCAGGCGAUACCAAGAACUCUAUCCUGAAGUUUGAACAAGCUCAGAUGCUGGACCCUUAUCUGAUUAAAGGCAUGGAUGUUUAUGGCUACCUUAUGGCUCGUGAGGGACACCUGGAGGAUGUUGAGGUUCUGGGUGGAAGAUUGUUCAACAUCUCAGACCAACAUGCAGAACCCUGGGUCAUCUCUGGUUGUCACAGCUUCUACAGUAAGCGGUACUCUCGGGCCCUCUACCUGGGAGCCAAGGCCAUUCAGCUGAACAGCAACAGUGUUCAGGCCCUCCUCCUUAAGGGGGCAGCGCUGAGGAACAUGGGCCGAGUACAGGAGGCCAUCAUCCACUUCAGAGAGGCCAUGCGCCUGGCUCCCUGUCGGCUGGACUGCUACGAGGGUCUGAUUGACUGUUACUUGGCUUCCAAUGGGAUUCGAGAGGCGAUGGGAAUGGCCAAUAACAUCUAUAAGAACCUGGGAGCGAACGCCCAGACCCUGACCAUCCUGGCCACAGUCUGCCUGGAAGACCCGGUGACCCAGGAGAAAGCCAAAACCCUGCUGGACAAGGCCCUGGCUCAGAGGCCAGACUACACCAAGGCUGUGGUGAAGAAGGCUGAGUUGUUAAGUCGGGAACAGAAGUACGAGGAGGGGAUUGCUCUUCUGCGCAAUGCCUUGGCCAAUCAGAGUGACUGUGUGCUGCACAGAAUGCUGGGAGAUUUUCUGGUGGCGGUCAAUGACUAUCAGGAGGCAAUGGACCAGUACAGCAUAGCACUUAGCCUGGACCCGAAUGACCAGAAGUCCAUGGAAGGGAUGCAGAAGAUGGAGAAGGAGGAGAGUCCUGCUGAUGCCACGGUGGAGCUGGACGGAGACGACAUGGAGGGCAGCGGGGAGGACGGGGACUUGGAGGGCAGCGACAGCGAGGCCGCUCAGUGGGCAGACCAGGAGCAGUGGUUCGGCAUGCAGUGACCCCGGCCCCUCUUCAGGGGACAGUGAGGGCCACACGGGGGGGCAGGCUGGAGCGUUAUAGGUGACUACUUUUAAAUGGGACGUUGUUUGUCCAGUGUGGUAUCAUAGCACCCAGGGUAAUAAAAGAAUCGCCAUGGAAAUGCUGUCGAAUACCAUAACGGCUCGUACGUCUCCUUGAUGAUCAGGGUCUAUUGUGGAUUCAUACAGCUGAAUAAUGUCCUGAUUCUGUAAAAACUUCCAUGUGGUUUGGAAUGGAGUAUCUUGCUACCAUGUUAGCUAGUGUCAUCUGGAACUCUCAGCCUUAUAAAGCAUUCCAUCCACAUCUUUUUAGUUUUGACCUUUUAUAUCAGUUGUCAAUCCCAGUUUGCCACCAUGGAAGACUGUCAAGAUAAAGCGUGUGUUUACCAUUACUGUUUGUUGCAUUUCUUAUCCGUAAGGCGAACAGUGUGGAUAUGAGAUCACCGAUCUGGUGAAUUUGUUCUGAUUUUCUCUUUUCAUCAGAUGACUCGAUGCCUUUUUGUUUCUUGUGUCAAUCAUGGGGUCAUGUCAUUGACUCUGGUUCUAAAUGUUACUAAAGGUUUUCAAUGCAAAUGUUUAUAUGUAGUGCAUUGUACAUACAAUUUUGGGAAUGUAAAAUAAAAUCAUGAAGUGUA